AUGCUGGCAGCACCGCGACUCUCGCAACCCUCGCCCGUCGCCUCGCUGCUCGUGCGCGUCGCGCCCAUGGCCACGCGCGCUAUCAGCCAUGGGCUCCGUGUCGCUACUUCCAUCCCGCAAGUCCGCCAUGCCCGCACACCACCGACCCCGUCCUUUUCGCGUUCCCCAGGCCCUCCGCUGCGCCGCUCCGCUCCUGCGCGGAGUUUUUCCGCCCGUCCGCAGUCGUCGCCCGCGGAGCCGGUGGGUCGAGGCGGAGCGGAGGGGCGCGCGCGCGCGGGGGGCUGCGCGGGGCUGCCGGUGGUGCACCACGCGCUGUUCAGCGCGCCGCAACUGGCGCCGGGGCACCGAUUCCCGAUGGGCGUGUUCGAGGCGAUUCACGCCAUGCUGCUGCGCGAAGGGCGCCUUCGCCGUCCCGCCUGCACACUUACUCCCCCCUCUCUUCUCCUCCCCCAUCCAUGUUGCUUCCCAUUCCUCCACCCGCUAUCAUCUCUCUCACUCGCCCUCCACCACCCUCUCGCCCUCCAGGUGGUCACGCCACACCCCAUGCCGCCCGUUUCCGACCUGCUUCGAGUAGGUGCACUGUCCGCAGUACCUGGCGCAGGUCUGCUGCCAUGCGCCGCAUUGGCUUCCCCUGGUCGCCCACCCUCGUUAGACGAACUCUCGCCGAGGUGGACUGGGGCAGGGGGCAGUGGAGUUAGAGGGUGGGCGGCACAGGAGGUGCCGAGAGCGGUGAAGCGAGUGCAGCAAGUGGCAACAAUCGACCUGAACGUGCACCAGGUGAUGCUCCCCCGGAUCCCCCUCCUGCUCGCUCCGUUUCACUCACCCCUCCUGCUCGCUCCGUUUCAUUCACCCCUCCUGCUCGCCCUCUUUCACUCACCCAUCCUGCACGCUUCCCCUCUCUAG